CUGUUGGCCAUUUUUUCCUCCAUGCUGUGGCCUUGUGGCAGAGCCUCUCUGCAAAACCAAGAAAGGAAGCACAUGGGUCCCGGCUUUGCCCGGUGUCUUGGCUGUCCAUCCACAGAUUGUUGUGAAACCACACCACUGGGCUACAACAUUACUUCAAUCGGUUUGAUCCUCUCUCCGGCUUUCCAGUUUGCGUUUUCUUCUCCUGGAAUCGGGGAAAACAAACUUGGGAGGACGAAAUAUGUGAGGGAGCUUUGCCAGUGAGGACUGCCUUUUGCCCACAGACUGCUUCCCUUGCUGAGCUUAUCGCCAGCGUGGCUCCAUAGGACAUUUUCCCCCAUUGCUACAGAGGAUGCCGGGUGAAAAGCCCCGAGCGAGGCUCCCAGUUACCCGCCAAAGAAUGUUGGCAUGAACAUGAAGAUUAAAGCUGCCAUUUCAACUUGAGUGAAACCGUGUACAUUCUAACCGGCACCAGAGGCGUUUCAUAAUUACAUAAAUUACCUCAAGUGUGCCCAAUGGAUAUUUGAAUCUCCGUCACUUUGCUGUAAAUAGCCAUGGCAGAGGGGACCUUUGAACAGUUCAAACUAUUUUGGCGCAAACAGUGAGAGUUUUGGCCGGUGGCCUGGACAGUUUGAGGUAAUGGUAUUUGCUCCAGGAAAUAAGUGCUGGCCAAGCCCACUGAUAUGCAAUUAAUGUUUUGUCUUAAAAUGCAUCAGUUCACUCUUAUAUAUUCAUGUAGACAGUCAGUUAUAUGCCAGUCUACUCUUUCGCAAUCAACCCAACACAUAUCUUGCCUAAGCAACGCUUCUUACAAGUAAAUUCAGUCCGUAUCCACUUACACAGAGUCUGUGAUCACACGAUGGUUUUACAAAAGCCACAUGGUGCCCAUAUCAUAUGGGCUGGGCUGCUCAUCUGCUGCUUUGUAGAAAUAGGUACUUGUCUAGAAUUCACAGGUGCCGAGGGACAGUGGGCAAGAUUUCCAGUGUGGAAUGCUUGUUGCGAAAGUGAAAUGAGCUUCAACAUGAAAACCAAGAGUUCCCACGGGCUGCUGGUUUACUUCGAUGACGAGGGAUUUUGUGACUUCUUAGAACUUCUCAUCCUGAACGGCAAACUCAGUCUGCGAUUCUCCAUCUUCUGUGCCGAGCCCGCGACCGUCAUAUCUGACACAGCGGUCAACGACAGCCAGUGGCACGCGGUCACGAUAAGGAGAAACUUUAAGAACACAACGCUGAUGGUGGACAACGAGAUAAAGUGGGUCGAGGUGAAGUCAAAAAGACGGGAUAUGACUGUUUUCAGCCAUUUGUUUGUUGGCGGAAUACCACCGGAAAUACGAUCUGUGGCGUUAAGACUGACGUCAGCUGCAGUCAAGGAUCAGCAGCCUUUCACUGGAUGGUUAACGGACAUAAAGGUCAACAACACGGAGUCUGUAAUGGUCAACAGUGAGGGGGUCUUACGCGACCUCUGCGGUACAGCCAACAUGUGCUUAAAUGGAGGAGUCUGCAGUUUAAUUAACAAUGAACCAACUUGUGACUGCUCUCAGACUGGCUUCCAGGGAAAGGACUGCAGUGAAGGUCAGUGGGGAUUGGUUGACCUAUGAAACAUCAUCUCCAAUGGUUUACCUCAAAUGAAAGAGAAGGAGUGAUCAUUCAAAAGUCACUUGGAGUAAACAUGAGCAAUAUAAUUGACUUGAAAACAGAUUCAUACAGUUGGCAACAGAGGAAAGAAUUAACCAGGUGAGGUUUUUGUAUCAGUUCCCAGUGAAUAAAACCAUAGGUAUUAAUACAUCCAUAUCAGAAUUCUGAUCAAUCAUUUUGUAAUUUUUAGUGACAAGCAAAAAUAAAACCUCCCUCAAAGCUGCGGCCCAAAAUGUUUUAAUAAUCCCAACAGAUAAAACCGUCAUCAUUCAGGAGGGUAAGAGAUCAUGGAUGU